UUAAUCCGGAUCCGAUACUCUUUCCGUAUCAGAUAUCCCAUGUGACAAAUGUUGUUUUGGGUUUAAAUUUUCAUCUUUACAUUUAUUUUUCGUGAAUAAAAUCUAAAGAAUAUUGCUAAUUAUGUCUUUGAUUGCCAAAAAUUUAGUUUCAUCCGGUCCAAGGCUCAGUGGUGCUAAAUUGAAUUUUAUCAAUUGUGGAAAUCAAAUCAGGACAAAAAAAAAGUUAACCCUGAGGUCUCCCCAGUUUCCUGUGUACGAAAAGAAACUGCUUUUAGCCGCCUGUGAACCAAUCAUGAGGAGGGCUUCGGAAAUACCCACUUCAAUGCAAUGUACAAAUGUCACAAAAUUAGAGGAUGAAGAACCACAUCCUUACAUUGCAGUAUUAGCUGAUGAAUUGAAAGAUUUUAUGAAUAAAUCAUCAUUUAUUGGAUUUUAUCAUCUCAAUUCGUGUGCAGAUUUAGAUUAUCGGGCGGCUCGCAACACAAUCAUCAAUUCUGGUUUUGCUGUUAGGUUGUACCAAAAUAAUAUUGCUGAUUUAGCAUUGAAAUCUACUAAAUAUGACCCGCUGCUUAAGUUCUUUUCUCGCAGUUGCAAAACUGUUAUGGUUUUUGGAGAUAACCUAAAUGUCAAGCCUUUACUGAAGAUUGAGAAAACGGCUCCAUUUUUAAUAUUGAUGUUUGGUGUUUAUCAAGAUCGAGUAUUGAGAAAAGACGAGUUGAUUGAGAUCAGCAAUCUUCCAAAUUUAUCUACUCUUCAUGCUCAACUUUAUCACACUCUGAAUACCUUUGGAACAUCUUUAACUUCUACUCUUGAUUAUCAUGGAAAUACUUUGUCCAAUUUGUUAACUCGUGUAUCUGAUGCAUAAACGAAAACUGUUGCUUUAAGUGCGUUAAUUUUAAGUGACAUAUUUGCAUAGUCAAUUGUAAUUAAUAGAUAAUUGUUUAUCCUCCUAUAAUUUGGUCGCUAUGAUUUAGGUACUUUCAAAUUAAAUGAAUAAAUCGAAAACUCAA